AUGGCGCAGCAAAUAGUUACAACUUGUCAAAAGCUUUUAGAAAGUGCCACUUCUUAUGACCCUGAAUCCACUUCAUGGAUGCACCUUGCACCCGCAAAAGGUGCAGAGUCACCCACUUCUCACAAGUGGGAAGAUGUUCUUGAAAUGUUUCUCGACCUUACUAAUUGUUUGAGUGAAGAGACAAAAUUAACUUCGGAGGUCAAGAAGCUUGAGGUUAUGAAAGAAGGGCUUUAUCAGAUUAGGGAUGUUCUCAUAGACAAAAGCACUCGAUAUAAGAAACUCGCCACCAGGAGAGUUUACAUCUGGGAUAUUGAAGUUGAAGUUUGUGGAGGACUUUAUGCCAUUGGUCACGGGGAUAAAUUCCGUCUAUGCAUGGGAAAGAUUUUAACAUCCACUGAGCAGAAUAUACUGCAGAGGGGGGUAAAACAGCUAAGCAGAGUUCUGGGGCUUUUCAAGUUUGUAUGGGAAAUUGCAGGAAUGAAAGGCGACCUAGAAGUACAAGGCCAUUUGUGGUGCAUUGGUGCGGAGAAUAAGUCAUUUACCUAUAGAAACAAUCUGUUCUUCUUGCAUUCUAUUAGUUACUGA